UUUUUUUUUUUUUGGUUGUCAACUUCCAUGGAGUUCUUCAGCAAAGCCAAGGCCGUGAAGCUCCGGAGCCAUCUGGACAAGUACUUAGUCGCCGGCGACGAUCACGAGACCGUCAGGCAGAGCCGCAACGGUGAGUUGAGGAAGGCCAGGUGGACGGUGGAGCGCGUGGCGAACAAGAGCAAGGCGAUACGCCUGAAGAGCUGCCACGGCCGUUACCUGACGGCGACGGACGUGCCGUUCCUGCUUGGCAUGACGGGGACCAAGGUCGUCCAGGCCGACAUGGACACAAACGACGUCGCAUCCAACUGGAAGUACGAGUGGGAGCCGAUACGCGACGGGUUUCAGGUGAAGCUAAGGAGCUGGUGCGGCAAGUUCCUCCGGGGAAACGGCGGGACGCCGCCGUGGCGGAACUCCGUCACCCAAGACGAUCCCCACACCUCCUCCACGCAGAACUGGAUCCUCUGGGACGUCCUCGAGGCUGACGAGCUCUCCGAAUCGGACUCUGUUGCCGAGUACUUGUCGUCGUUGUCGGGCCUUUCUUCGGUCUCCGAUGAAGUUCUCAGCGAACUUGGAUCGCCGGUGUCGAUUAAAUCGGUUACUUCACCGAAAGUUUCUUCUCCGAAGUUUUCCUUUAAACUGAGAAAGCAUUCCAACCUAUCCAAUUUAUCAACCGAAUCCAACAAGUUCCGAAGCGGAAUGGACCUGUUCCGGAACGCGAAUGCGGUGCGGCUCCAGAGCCACCUCGACAAGUAUCUUCUGGCGGAGGAGGAUGAGGAGACGGUGACCCAGGACCGAAAGGGAUCCUCCAAGAAUGCGAAAUGGACGGUCGAGUUCGUACCCGGAUCCGACUCCAUAGUCCGCCUCAAGAGCUGCUACGGCAAGUACCUCACCGCCUCCAACCUGCCCUUCCUCCUCGGCAUGACGGGCCGGAAGGUCGUACAGACGCUCCCCCGCCGCCUAGACUCCUCUCUCGAGUGGGAGCCCAUCAGGGAUGGGUCCCACGUCAAGCUCAAGACCCGAUACGGCCACUUCCUCAGAGCCAAUGGCGGCCUCCCGCCGUGGCGGAACUCCGUCACUCACGAUAUCCCCCAUCGGACCGCCACACAGGAUUGGAUCCUCUGGAGCGUCGAGAUCGUCGAGAUCGCCGUCAGAUCCCCCGGCGCCAAACCGUCGGAUCUCCCUCCGCGCGAGACUCUCCCCCACUCAGAUUCUCUCGAGUUCGAAUCGAGCUCGCCGUCGUCGGGUUCGAUCACAUACGCCAAUUUCUCCAGACAAGAGUCGAGUGAUUCGUACGCGGGUUCGCCGCCGAAAUUGCAGGGAAGGACGAUAUACUACCACAUAGCGGAUGACAAUGGCGAAGUGGACGAUGAAUCUGUGGAGGGUUACUCGUUUAGCUUUAGGGGAAAUGGAGUUGAUGAGUUGACUCGGAAGUUUGAAGAAGAGACUGGGAUUGAGGGGAUAAUUAUGUGCACCAGAAGCCCUUUGAAUGGGAAGUUGUAUCCUCUUCGCUUGCAGCUUCCUCCCAACAAUGUCCCCGUGCAAGUUGUUGUUGUUCUCCGCUCGUCAAAAGCGGCCAGUGAAUUCGAGAAACAAGGUUUAUUAUAGGGUAUGCAUCCAGUCGCUAGAGACAUCACUGCAACAAACAACUACUUGUAAUGUACAUUCUCAUCUAUUACCUGUUCAUAUUACCAAUGUCAAAGUGUUUGAAGCGACUAUGCAUUGUUGACUUGUGGGCUGCCUCAUCCAUAAUGCUCAAGCUUGUGCGGUUAGUGGAAAUGGAGAGAGAACGUGCUUCCAUGGAAGAAGAGGUUUUCUAUCAAGCGUGGUUAAAGCUUAGUCUCAACUCUUUAUGAAUAAUGAAAUUUUGGGAGCCUGCAAAAUCGAUUUUAUUGCAUCAUUUUUCUUUAUUACAAUUAUUUUGUUUUGUUUUUUAAUUUUUUUUUUGGAUUUUCUUCUCCGACGUAGAGAUAUGUGGUUUCAUAGUUUUGUAUGUCCUGCUACAAUUCACUUUUCCUUAUAACUAGGCUUGUUUUGUUAGAGUUUGCCGCGGAAACUAUUUGCAGGACAAUAUUGUAUUCUAGAUAUGAUUCGAUUGCUUAAGAUAUCUUGCCAUCGAUUGUAUGAUUGCCAUUUUGAGGAGCUAUUUUGCUACGGUGUAAAAGGCAAUAUCAUUGAAAUGGUCUAAAAUUGCAGCAUCAAGAUGCAAAAAAAGUCUUGAGAAAUUUUUGUUUUA